AUGCUGGGCUCUCUCCUUUUCGGCCUCCCUCUGGCCCUCUUUGCCACCUUUUCCCAGGCAGACAUAACCAAAGACCACGAUGAUCGCCUCCAGACGGCCGUCAUUCUCGACACGCCCACCACCGGUGCCAGCACCACACCCGAGGGCCGCGCCUUUCUCAAGCUCGCCCGCCUCGACGGCACCACGGGCUCGCAGAUCGUCGAGGUCAAGGGCAACUUCUCGCUCGCACCGUACCCCGAUGAGGCAUGGAAUUCAUGGAAUGCCACUACCGAUAGUCUUGCCGACUCGGAGACCAAGUAUGUCUCGGCCAACUCUCAGCGUGUUGGUCCUGAUGGCAGGCUAUGGGUUGUAGACAGUGGGUCUCUCGAAAAGUUCGCCAACUCGUCCAAGUUGAUCUCAUUCAAUUUGACAACCAACGAGGUAGACCGUGUUUACUACCUCGGAAACGUCACCACCACGGACGGUUCCCUUAACGACGUGCGCUUCAACGGCAAAUAUGCCUACCUGACUGAGUAUACUAUUGGCUCUAUCAUUGUGCUAGAUCUCGAAACAGGCUAUGCACGCAUGGUACUCCGCGAGCACAAGUCAACGGUAGCUCUGUUACCCCUGUCAGCCGAGGGCCACCUCCUGCGCGAUGUCGCGACGGGUGAGUAUGAUUAUACCAAUGCUGACCAGCUCGAGGUGUCGCCUGAUGGCAAAUAUUUCUAUUACCAGCCGGGCAUCGGGUACAUGUGGCGCAUUGAAACCAAAUAUCUCAAUGAGGCUCUGCACAACGACACCAUGGCCGAUCUGCUGCCCAACUACGUCGAGCCCUUUGCGCUGACCCCUUCUACUGGUGGCACAGCUAUUGACGCCGAGGGUACUAUAUACUACAGUGACGGCGACCGCCAGGAGAUCCGCACCCUUGCGCCGAAUGGGACAACUACGUUGUUGGUGCGCGAUUCUAGGCUGUUGUGGGUGGACGCCAUGUGGAUCGACACUCAGCAGCGCCUUUGGAUGUGUGCCUCGCAGCUGAACCGUGGUACUCGCUUCAUUCAGCCGGAUAACCAGACCAUGACGAUCGAGAAGCCCAUCUAUGUAUACACUAUCGAGACCGGCCACAACCCGUCUCCUUUGGACCAUGCUUAG